CACGCUCUUACUCAGUAUACACCCGCACGCAUUUCAAGAUCUCGAACACUUCCAGGCUGUAGCGCAGCGAUGCUACACAGACCUGAGGUUGCGCCUGGAUGAUUUCCAUCUUGGAUAGCCUCGCGGUUUCUGUAUCUUGGUUCACGCAAACAGAAGGAACAGCUAAAUCAAGCGGAACGCUCCAGAAUCCGCACGUUCCAAGUGAUUGAUCUUCCGCUCAUUACCUACGAAAAGUUUGGCGACUUUGCAGUAUACAGAACGGUCCGUUCUUUUAGAACACCAUAUAUAUUGAUUGGAGGUAUCCGUUGUCGCUAUCUCCAUUGGCUUCGCUAAGACGUGUGACUGUGAUUGUACAACUAGACGGGAGCAAAUAUGACGAGCAACGCAGGUGCGCCGCUUCUUGAGCGGCAGGGCGAUGAGUUAGAAGAUGAGAACUGUCUGGAUGACCAUCAUGAGCAGGCGCCGAGAAACGACACGAGACAUACGGGACGGCUUGGGGUUUUCGUCUGGCUGCUGACGUUGUCCGCCGGAAUCAGUGGUCUUCUAUUUGGCUAUGACACGGGUGUUAUAUCAGCGACUCUUGUCUCCAUUGGAACAUCCCUUUCAAACCGCGAACUAACCUCUCUCGACAAGUCCAUCAUCACCUCCUCUACCUCGCUCUUCGCCCUCAUCGCAUCGCCCCUAUCCUCGGUCCUUGCCGACCGUAUCGGCCGCAAGCCCAUCAUCGUAGCAGCAGACGCCCUCUUCGUCUUCGGCGCCCUGAUCCAAGCCCUUAGCAUUUCCGUGCCUGUAAUGGUCCUCGGCCGCUCGAUCGUCGGUCUCGCCAUCGGCGCCGCUAGCUUCGUGACCCCUCUCUAUCUAGCUGAGCUAGCGCCAGCCGCACACCGCGGUACCGUCGUCACGAUGAAUGCCGUGUCUAUUACCUUCGGUCAGGUCGUUGCGUACAUCGUCGGCUGGUUAUUCGCUGAGUAUGGUAGUGCUACGACGGGCUGGCGGCUCAUGGUUGGCGUAGGGGCUGCCCCAGCUGUUCUGCAGUGCAUUUUGCUAUUCAUUAUGCCUGAGACCCCACGCUGGUUAGUGAAAGCUAAUCGAUCAGAGGAGGCGCGCACCGUCAUUCAAAAGACCUGCGGCACCGACCCUAUCGCCUUGCAGAUGGUUAAUAACGUAUUGAGAGAUAUCGAGGUCGAGGUCCGCGAGGAAGAAGAGAGUACAGGCCUACACAACGGCGAUGGCAAGGCCAACAACAGUUUCCUGGCGGGCUGGCGGGAGUUGAUACUGGUGCCGAAAAAUCGUCGGGCAUUGACGAUUGCCUGUAUGCUUCAGGGCUUCCAGCAACUUUGCGGCUUCAACUCGCUCAUGUAUUUCUCAGCAACGAUCUUCCUCAUGCUUGGCUUCACCGUGCCUACUCUGACAUCGCUCUCCGUUGCCUCUACGAACUUCAUCUUUACCGUCGCAGCACUACUGCUUAUUGAUAGAAUAGGUCGGCGAGGAAUCCUACUUUAUUCAGUCCCGUUUAUGGCUUUUGGCCUGCUCGCCACGGCUUUCGGCUUCAUUAUGGCCGACCUGUCCACCAUUGACGCACACGGGCCAGCGUUGACUAAGUCCGCAGCUAUUUUCAUACUCGCAAACAUCAUAAUCUACGUGGCUUCCUAUGCGAUUGGACUUGGGAACGUUCCGUGGAUGCAGAGUGAACUUUUCCCACUUAAUGUCCGGUCUAUGGGUAGUGGACUAGCUACCGCAACGAACUGGGGAGCCAACUUCAUUGUGGGCCUGACUUUCUUGCCGUUGAUGGACGCCAUUGGUGCGUCCUGGACAUUCACGCUGUAUGGUAUUGUGUGCAUUAUCGGCUGGGUUGCAAUCUGGCGAAUAUAUCCUGAGACUGUAGGUAUAAGUCUUGAAGAUGUUUCGGGCUUACUUGAGCAUGGAUGGGGAGUGAGGUGAAGCAGAGCUUUCUUUGAAAUAGUGUACAUAGUAUAUACUAGCUAGCGUAUAAUAGUAUCAGACAACAUAAGCCUGAAUGGACUGUUUAGUUUGUACUUAUAUGUGGCCCCAAACAGUACAGAUCUUGUGAGCAGAGAUGAACGGCUGGCAAGCCUAGGGGAAGAAAGAAGAGAGUCUAGGAAGAAAAAUAUGCACGCCUCUAUACCAUUCAAACUCUAUCACUUCAGAGGUUUCCCAACUAGCCUAAAAUAUGGGAAUGGAGAAG